CGCUGUCUCCUUGUCCCUCUUCUUGAUUAAAAAGCCCUCACUUGAAAACAAGGGGACGACACCGUCUCCCUCAACAGUUACAGGCGAUGCGUGGGGGACGUUCCGCCCGCAAACGAAAGCUGCCGUUGCUAAUCGGAGCCCCCUAACAAUGGCAGGAUCCCAGUCCUUUGUAACGGCAGCUCCCGAGGGGCGAAGCACACACCCAGAUGGGGGGGGGACCGCAACCCCGCCCGCUCGCAGGACCCUCGAAACCCAAACGCCAGUGGGGCUCGUUAGCGCUGACAUCUGCAGGCGCCGCCCUCACUGCGCAAGUGCGGAGCCCGCUGUUGAAAAGAGGGACCCUGGCUCCCCCGCUGACUAACCCACUGACUCACGGAGGAGGAGGAGGAGGCGGCGAGGCAGCGGUCAAGCCAGGCGCUUGCACAGGGGAGUGAGCUCUCACUGACCGGCCCGCAGGACACUGAUGAGCGUGAAGUCUGUGUCGGGAGACGUUGGAGACUCGGGCUCUCUUCUGCGGUUCAGGGGAUCUGUGCGUUUCGAGACUUUCUGGUUAACCCGCAAGCGGGUGUUGUUUUUUUUUUUCCUGCGUCCCCAAGGUGUCCCGCUGCUGGCUCUGGGAAUGCUCUUAGCGGGUUUUGGAGCUGGUAGAGCGCUGCCCAGUCGCGCAGCGGAGGAAAGACCGGCUUCUCGGGCUGAUGGAGACGGACGGAACUCGUUUCAACAAGGAAAACUGAAUCGGAUUACACGUGACCGGUCCGUUCGGGUGCGCUUCCCGGGAUCCCGGGCGAAACUUUGAAUGAGAAGAAGUUUGUUUCCCAGUGCUCGUCCGCAGAGCACGCAGGCGGUGUUGCGCUCCGGCGGGGGACCAGCUGUUUUUCCGCGGCCGGACUUCACUCACACGCCAGUCGCGAAACAACUGCAUGUGAACCAGCCGCUUUCUGCCAGUCGAGGAAUCGGCAAGGACGGACUCGUUGGCUCAUGCUAAAUAACGCCUUUUUGCCGUUUUCUUCAAGUGCAACAGGCUCAGAUCUGUGAACAGCAGCGGGAUCGCAAUCUAUAGCUUUUAGCGUGUCGCCCCCUGAACCAAGCUCCUUAUCCGCGGGGGAGUUUCGCCGAAUGACAGGACCUCCGCCGUCUUUGUGAAUGUUAUUAUGCGUGUGUCCCUCCGUCUAGACUGAGAGGACAGGCGGUGUCAAACGCGCGCACUUGUGGUGCGCCCGGCGUGCGGUCAGCCAUGCGCGGCGACGGCUCGGCGCUGUGCUCGGCCCUCGCCCUGACCCUGCUGCUGGCCGUGGCCGACGUGCGGGCGAGCGGCGAGUACUGCCACGGCGGGCUGGACGGCCAGGGGGCCUGGCGGGAAGGCUUCCAGUGCCCCGAGCGCUUCGACAGCGUGGACGCCACGAUCUGCUGCGGCAAGUGCGCGCUGAGGUACUGCUGCUCCAGCACGGAGGCGCGCCUGGACCAGGGGUCGUGCGAGAACGACCGGCGGGCCCCCGACACGGGCGCGGACAGCAAGGACAGCCGGGACAACGCCGCAGUGCCCAUCUACGUGCCCUUCCUGAUCGUGGGCUCGGUGUUCGUGGCCUUCGUCAUCCUGGGCUCCCUGGUGGCGGUGUGCUGUUGCCGCUGCCUGCGCCCCAAGCAGGAGCCACAGCAGAGCCGGGGGCCCGGCGGGGGGGCCCGGCUGAUGGAGACCAUCCCCAUGAUCGCGGGCGCGGGGGCCCCGCGGGGCUCCUCCUCCCGCCAGUCCAGCACGGCCACCAGCUCCAGCUCCAGCGCCAACUCGGCCGCCCGGCCGCCCAUGGUCCGCGCCCAGGCCAACUGCUGCCUGCCGCCGGACGCCGGCCUCAGCAACGUCUACGUCAACAUGCCCACCAACUUCUCCGUGCUGAACUGCCAGCAGGCCACGCAGAUCAUGCCGCACCAGGGGCAGUUCCUGCACCCCCAGUACCUGGGCUACGCGGUGCACCACGAGCCCCUCGCCAUGACCCCCGCCCCGGCCUUCAUGGACAGCGCCCAGGGCGGCUACAGGCCCCUGCAGUCCCCCUUCCCCCCCGGCGGCGCCAGCUCUGAGCAGAAGCACCCGGCCGUGACGGUGUGAGGGGGGCGCGGGGCUGCGGAGCUCACAGCCGGCCCGCGGGAGGGACGCAGAGCGGUGCUCGGGGCCUGCGGGGCAGGAAGAGGCCCCGCUUCUGGAUCUGCCGGUCCCGGACGGGGAACGCCCAGAGGGAGCAGGGUCCAAGCCCACAGGACCUCAGGGAGGACUGGGAGGGGCGCGUGGGCUUCUCUCGUCUCUUCACGCCACGUUGCAAUCCGACUUCUUCUUCUUCUGCUUCUGCUUCGGCGCUGGCGAUGUCGCCCUGUGCCCGUGCAGUGCGCCGUGGCGCGUGUGCUGCCGCCGUUCAUCCGGAGAGGCGGAGAAAGGGCUGCGCCCGCGGAGACGGCAUGCCUGAGGCCAAAUCACAGGGGCGUAAGCAGGGGACUGAGCGCCGCCGUUGAUCCGUCACAGUGCACAACUGGAAGAGUGUCGCACGACACUGUCAUCUGCUCGAAAUCACUUCAGAUUAGGGAUCCCUAAAUCCCAGAUUCCCUGACAGCUAGAAUUCCUUUAAGUUCAGACAUUGCAUGGUUUGCCCAGCUGUAACCUGGAAACUAGCUGCUACCCCUGUUUCGUACCAGUAUUGCAAUGUUAAUUCAUAGUCUUAAGAGCAUACUGAUAUAAUCAACCUGGUUAAUGGACCGCUGAGAAAACCAGAUGCCACCACUGUGUCCACAUGUCCGCCUGUUCCUGCGUGAACAUGGAUAUGAGAAAGAGCCACAGUAAAAGCACAUCUUGGCUCAAAACACAAAUUAAUUAUAAAGUGAAAGCAGUCAGUGCCACAGUGCUCAACUCCCAAAUCUUCUGCUUUUAAUUGUUAGAAAAAAACUACAGCUAUGUUGUCCGUGUCGAUCUAGUCGUCUGCUUUUUGUUCACGAAUAAAAGCAGGUCUGUAGCGACCUCAGAUAAGAGGCGCAUCGCAGGGUUCUUUAGGUAUUUCCAUGUUUACCCAGAAAAGAAAUGUCGAGAACAAGUUCGCAACAGGCACAAACCAUUUGUACAGUAGCUGCAAGCCUUUGCACCUUUUGGAGUUUUCUUUGUAUCCAGGUGCCCCUGAUGCCUGAGCGCACAGACGCAGUCACAGACGCAGUCUGCUUUCCGAAUCAGAAGCCACGAGGAGGAGUGUUUAUUGACACGAGUGCAUUCUGAAUCUCAUCUCCCGGUGUGGCAGAGAUCCGUGUGACCGUCUGGCUCCGGCACUGUGAACCGUGUUGCUGUCACCAGGGAUUACUGUGAGUUAGACUGACAGCUGGCAGGUGCACUGGCCGACACACCAUUCCACUUCAUUAACUCUGCUGAGCCACAGGAGAGGGGCGGACAGGGGCAGCGGCGUCCUCGGGACCCACAGACAGAACCGCUCACCCUUGCUGAUGUCUCUGCGUCUCGCAGGACUCCCUUUUCCUACACAUGUACCCAGGGUCUUUUGUCCAGCACAUGUGGAGCGGAGGCUGGGUUUUUCUUUACUGAAAAGCUGACAGAAGAAGCAGAGGUUUAGCACAUUAGUAGCCGCUCUGUGCUGGUCUGAACGGUUUGGACAUAGACUAACAGAAUUGUACUGAAUCUGAAAUGGUCUGAGGUUGCAAAGGCCUCAGUGCAGUAAUUCUUCAGAUGCAAUGGUCACGACACCGAUACAGCAAUAAUGCCUGACGGGUCUGGCUGUUCCUGCUGUAGUGUUGAUCUCCUGGUCUGAAUGUGUCAGAUGCUCUGACUGGGACUGUAUGAAGCCACAGCAUCAAUCUGCCUCACUGAUCCAACUGCUGCCAUUAAACCGAACUGUGCCACUCUCUCUCUCAUUUCUCAAUGUGAGAUAUUCAGGGCAAACAAUUUGUAUGUUUACUUGCACAAAAAUAUAUAUAUAUAUUUAAGCUUUAUUGUGUAGAAAUGUUCUUUUCAUCUGUAUUUUUUUAAAAAAAAGGUCUACAAAAUCUGUUUUUUUGUUUGAUAACUGUAACGUACGUCAUUGUCAAAUGAUGCUCACAUUGGCAACAGUUGCUCCCCAGGUGACAGAGGUUUCUAUGAGAUAAAACUUCUUUUUUUCAUAAUAAAUAUACUAUGGUGUGGAA